AUGAGGGGGGAACGGCUCCUUCAUUUAGUAGGUGACCAGUCUUUCGAACUCUGUGCUGUCUGCGGCGACAAGUCAACUGGAACACAUUAUGGGGUUGUUUCCUGUAACGGUUGUAAGGGGUUUUUUCGUCGAACUAUUCUUAGAAACCAGAAGUUUUCUUGUCGUUUUAAUAAGAGAUGCAAAAUCGAUAAGAAUUUUCGAUGUGCAUGUAGAUAUUGCCGAUUUCAGAAAUGUCUAGCUGUUGGGAUGAAACGUGAAGCUAUCCAGUUUGAACGAGAUUCUAUUGGUUCUCCUAAAAAGUGGAAAGAAUCCCCUUCUCCAGGCGUUGGUAGCACUCCUUCUGGUAUAGAUGGUUCUGGAACGGAAGGAGAAGAGAAGUUGAGUUCUACUGACAUGUUACGCAACAACUCUGAUCGAGAAGUUAUAAGCCGGUUAAUGGAGAUGGAAGCUCGCGUUAAUAGUGAAAUUUCUGCUCGGUAUCGAAACUCUGUUAUAACGUCCUCUAGGAGUGUUCCACUAGAAGGUAUGGGUACAGGUGAAAAUAUUGGAAGCACAUCUUCAGCGUUUUCGCAGCCUUAUCGACCAUGCACUGUAGAUGAUUUGAACGAUAUUUCUCGGACCACUCUUGUGUUUAUGGUUGAGUGGGCAAAAAACUUGCCGUUAUUUCCAGACUUGCCAAUGGACGACAAAAUUAUUUUGCUCAAAAACUAUGCUCCUCAACAUUUAAUAUUGAUGCCAGCUUUUCGUUCUCCUGACACUACAAGAAUUUGCCUUUUCAACAACACUUAUGUUAGUCGAGAUACGGCUUCAGGACUGAAUGCUUUCGCAGCUUUCAAGACAAGUAACAUUACUCCUCGCGUUCUGGACGAGAUUGUUUGGCCUAUGCGUCAGCUUCAGAUACGAGAGGAAGAGUUUGUUUGUUUGAAGGCAUUGGCUUUUCUCCAUCCUGAAGCGAAGGGUCUUUCUGCAGAGAGCCAAAUGGUUAUUAGAGAAGAACGGAACCGAGUAUUAAGAGCAAUAUAUUCAUUUAUUUUGGAGCAGUCUCCAGAAGAAGCUCCGAUUCGUUAUGGAAAUAUCCUUCUUCUUAUACCAGCUUUGAAAGGACUUACGCAGUUAUUGAUUGAAAAUAUGACAUUGACGAAGUUCUUUGGUCUUGCUGAAGUGGAUUCUUUACUUUCUGAAUUCAUUUUGGAAGAUGGCAGUGGUAUACCUCCCUUAACGCUUCAGCAGAACAUCCCUGGUUCUUUUUCUUCAAAUUUGUCUAAUGGGGACACAGAGCUUCUGCCUCAUACGCCAUCCAAUAUUAUUGGCGAGUCGACUUUUACACCGGCGAACUCCGAACCAGUGAAUGAUUACACGUACCAGGCCCUUCCUACAAGUGAUUCGUUACUAGAGCAACAGUAUUCGCCUAUAUCAACUGGCAGCUCAGGAGGGACACAACAGUACCCUCCUGCGUCAUCAGCAAAUCCCGAUACUGAAGGAACAACUUUAAGAGAUAAUGCUCUAAUAUGGGCGAACAGUUGGAUACAGCACAGGGAUUGGGCUCUGAUCUGUGCCAUGUUUGCUCUGACAAGUCUACGGGCAAACAUUAUGGAGCGAUAUCGUGCGACGGAUGUAAAGGUUGAGGUGUUUUUAGUUGCUCAGUUAUCGUUCUUUUUACACAAUCACAGGAAUUCCUGUCGAUCAUGCCGACUAAAAAAGUGUAUUUUGGCUGGGAUGCGAGCCGAAGGUAUCUAUUGUUCUAUUCCAGCCAUUCAAACUGAACGAGAUAUUAUUGGUAAACGAAAAAAAAAUGAAAUUGAUAAAGAAAGGACAUUACUGCAAAUCCUUCUUCGAUCAGAAAAUCAUUGUCAACAGUUACGCGGUUCUGUCAUAAAAUGCACAGAACAGGUUACUUAUGAUACUGGUAUGAGUAAAAGGAAGCCAAUAGUGAGGUCAGAUGAAGAAUGUGAUAACUUGGCAUCACUUGAUGAUGUUGGUCAAAGUAUUCAUCAACAAUUGGUCAUUAUGGUUGAAUGGGCAAAAACCUUACCUCAGUUUAAAAAUUUAAAGUUAUGUGAUCAGGCCAGUCUUUUAAAGGCUAAUGCAGCGCCAUUACUUAUUUUUGUAGCUGCAUAUCGGUCUUUGAAUAUGGAUGGUGCAAUAUGUCUGGCGAACAAUACCGUUGUUACAAAAAAGCAUGCUGUUAACAUUGGUGACGUUAAUAGCGUUGUUCUACGAAUUAUAAAUGAAAUUGUGCAACCAAUGCGACGGUUAAAAAUUGAAAGAAGUGAAUAUGUCGCUUUGAAAGCAAUUAUAUUUUUUAAUUCUGUAGCUCCGGACAUUGCUGCUGCUGAAGCUAUUGCUGAAGCACGAAGAAGUUUUUUGAAAACUUUGCAAAUUCAGUGCCGCCAUGAUGAUUGUCGAGCCGGGAUGUUACUUUUACUUUUACCUCCAAUUUAUGUAAUUGCUCAACAACUGGUCGAAAACGUUCAUCUGGCCAGUAUAUUCUGCCUUGCCAAUGUUGAUAAACUAAUGCAGGAGUUGAUUUUGUAUGAUCAACCGUCAACAAUAAUUGAUCAACUUUCAAAUCCUAUUACCCAUGUUCGGUCAAACUCGUAG